AUGAUCAAUACCAUCAUUGUUUGCAUUAUGAGUUCAUUCUACGUUGUGCUUGCAGCCAUUGUCGUCUUGGCUCAAAAAUCCGAUGCUAGCUUUGGGCAUACGUACAGUUUUGGAGAGGCACCUUCUGUAGCUGCUCCUGCUCCCAUUGUAGCUGCAUCCAUUCCAGUCAUGUCUGCCGCAGUUCCAAUAGUGGCUUCUGCUCCUCCAUUGUAUCCAUACAUGGUGAGUUUACCUAAAUUUUUCUUCUCCCCAUUUCACAAAAUUGACAAGGGAAUAUAA